GGUGGCCUCGGGUGGUGGUGAGGCUGGUGGCUGCGCGCGCAGCAGCGGCGGCUGUUGGGGGCGGCGCCCCGCUGGGGUGUUGCUGCCCUCGCCAUGGCGGUGCUGCUGCCCUGGCGUGUCCCGGCCGCCUCCCUCAGCCCCCGGGCCCUGCCGCUGGCGCCGGCCUGACGCCCUUCGCACCGCUCCCUUCUCGCCCCCGCCUCCCUGCCGCGCCGUGAAGCGGCGAUGGCCGAGCCCGGCCUCGCCGUGCGGCGGAGGAGCCGCCCCGCCUCCGCCCGUAAGAGAAGCCAGGCCCCAGCGCAGCUUCACCACGCCGCCGCCUCGCCGCUGGCGAGCAAGAGGCUCAGCCCCGGCUUCGAGGAGGCCCCGGCGGAGCCCCCGGUACGGGCCGCCGAGGGUGAGUGUAAUAAUGACAGUGAAGAAGACAUGUUUGGUGACUAUGAUAGCUUUUGCGGAAAUGACUCUUUGUUAGCCCAAGUUGAUGAUAUGGAGCAGGUGUACCUGCGGGAUAAAGAUACAGAUAUUAAAGCUGCUGGAGAGUUCAUGCUUGGGAAUCCUCAGUCAGGAAGUGAUCAAAGGAAACAGUCUGAUUUUUCUACUUCAGCAAGUGCUGCUGUUCACAAAGUUGAAAGAGAUGAUGGUUUCCAAAGGAAUGAAAAUGACCUAAUAGAUAACAAUGAAGAGCCAGGUGAUGUUAUUUUAGAUGAGCUGCCAUCAUCACAAUUUUUGUAUCUUGAGGAAAUGGAUGAGCUUUCCUCUGCUUCCAAAAAUUCUGCAGGCACAAAAAGGAAUGAUAACUACAUGAAUUCUUGCUUGGACAAAAUCUCGAGUCCGUCUUUUUGUCAUGUUGCAGAACAGAGGGAUGGAAAUACUGAAGUUUGCAAGGGCUCCAGGUGUGACCUGAGUAAACAAGAGAGUCUCAAAGAUCAUCUGAAAAGUGCUAUGACUGGAAAUGCCAAAGCUCAGACUCUGCUGGUUUCUAAGACCAAGCAGCUUAAAGAAGCUGUUUUAUCUAAAGAGAUAUGUGUUGCUAGAAAAACUAUCGAAUCAUCUUCUGAUGAUAUUGGCCCUUUUUAUGGAUUACCUAGUAAAGUAAAAGAUCUCCUCAGACAAUUUCGGGGGAUUGAAACACUUUAUGAAUGGCAGCACGACUGCUUAACAUUAGAGUCUCUGCAGCAAAGAAAGAAUUUAAUAUACUCGCUACCAACCAGUGGUGGAAAAACACUAGUAGCUGAAAUUUUAAUUCUCCAAGAAUUACUCUGCAGACAGAAAGAUGUUCUGAUGAUCCUGCCAUAUGUGGCUAUUGUCCAGGAAAAGGUUUGGGGUUUAUCAAGUUUUGGGGUAGAAUUAGGUUUCCUGGUUGAAGAAUACGCAGGAAGUAAAGGAAGAUUUCCACCAAUCAAGAGGAGAAUAAAAAAAUCCCUAUAUAUUGCUACUAUAGAAAAAGGACAUGCUCUAGUGAAUUCCUUGAUUGAAACGGAAAGAAUUGAUCACCUGGGUCUAGUCGUUGUAGAUGAGUUACAUAUGCUCGGUGAGGGAAGUCGUGGCGCAACGCUGGAAAUGACUCUUGCAAAGAUUCUUUACGCUAGUAAAAAUACGCAAAUCAUUGGCAUGAGUGCAACUUUAAAUAAUGUUGGAGACCUGCAGAAGUUCCUGCAAGCAGAUUACUAUACUAACAAUUUUAGACCGGUAGAAUUAAAGGAAUAUAUAAAAAUACAAGAUACUAUUUAUGAAGUUGACAGCAAAGCGGAAAAUGGCUUUACUUUUUCACGUCUCCUUAGUUUCAAGUAUUCUAGUAAUCUGGAGAAAGCAGACCCUGACCACAUUAUUGCACUGGUGACUGAAGUUAUUCCAAAAUACUCCUGCCUAAUCUUUUGUCCCACUAAAAAGAACUGUGAGAAUGUGGCGUCAAUGGUGUGCAAGUAUCUGAACAAAGAAUUUAGAGCUCACAGGGAGAAAGAAAAGCAAGAUCUCAUUAAGAACCUGAAGACUAUUGGAAAUGGAAGCAUCUGUCCUGUUCUGAAGUACACCAUUCCUUUUGGUAUUGCCUAUCACCACAGUGGCCUUACUAAUGAUGAAAGAAAAAGUAUAGAGGAAGCUUAUUCUGCAGGUAUCCUAUGUCUUCUUGCUUGCACAGCAACUUUAGCUGCUGGUGUCAACCUACCAGCUAGAAGGGUUAUUUUAAGAGCUCCUUAUGUUGCUAGAGAGUUCCUGAAGAAGAACCAAUACAAACAAAUGAUUGGCAGAGCUGGUCGAGCUGGUAUUGACAGUGCUGGUGAAAGUAUUCUCAUAGUACAAGAAAAAGACAAACAGCUGGUUCAAGAUUUAGUUAACAGUCCUUUGGAGAACUGUUACAGCAAUCUCCUGCCUGAGUUCACGAAGGGAAUACAGAGUCUGUUGUUAUCUUUGGUUGGAUUGAAGAUUGCAGUAACCCUUGAGGAAAUCUACAGUUUUAUGUGCUGUACGUUGCUGGGUGUUCAGCAGCAGUUGCUGUCUAAAGAAAAGAGCCUCUUGGAUAUAAUUAAAGAAGGGGUAAAAAAUCUGAUAGAAAACGGACUUCUAAAAGGAAAAAUAUCUGAAAAGGACCAUAAUUCCCAAAGUAUACUAACGAUUACACAGUUGGGUAAAGCUACAUAUAAAGGAUCUAUAGACUUGGCAUACUGCAAUGCUCUCUACAGAGACCUGAAGAAAGGCUUGGAAGGCCUGGUUCUUGAGAGCAAUCUUCAUCUUCUCUAUUUGGCAACUCCAUAUGAUAUGAUUUAUAACUGUAACCCGGAUUGGAUGAUAUACUUGAGACAGUUCAACCAGCUAAGUGCAGCAGAGCAAAAAGUAGCAGAUAUUGUGGGAGUACCUGAAAGCUUUAUUACAAAAAAGGCUUCUGGUCAAGCCAUCAGAAAGAAUGUGGACACUGGUAUUAUAAACAGGCUGUACCUGUCAUUUGUUCUUUAUACCUUACUGAAAGAGACCAAUGUGUGGAGUGUUUCAGAAAAAUUUAAUAUGUCUCGAGGAUAUGUGCAAAGUCUCCUUACUUCUGCUGCAUCGUUUGCAUCUUGUGUUCUACAUUUCUGUGAGGGCAUUGAUCAUGGUGUCAGAAAGUGCUGUUAAUCACAGAAUCACAGACUGGUUGAGGUUGGAAGGGACCUCAGGAGAUCACCUAGUCCAAUCCCCCUGCUCAAGCAUUCAGGUGGGUUUUAAAUAUCUCCAGAGAAGGAGACUCUGCCACCUCUCUGGGCAGACUGUUCCAGUGCUCUGUCACCCUCACAGGAAAGCAGCUUUUCCUCAUCUUCAGAUGGAACUUCCUGGGUUUCAGCUGGUGCCCGUUGCCUCUCGUCCAGUGGUCCUGGGCACCACUGAGAAGAGUCUGGCCCCAUCCUCUUGACACCCUCCCUUCAGAUACUUGUACACAUGGACAAGAUCCCCUCUCAGUCUUCUCUUCUCCAGGCUGGACAGGCCCAGCUCUCUCAGCCUUUCCUCACAGGAGAGAUGCUCCAGGCCCCUGAUCAUCUUCGCAGCCCUAUGCUAGACCCACUCCAGUAGCGCCACGUCUCUUGUCCUGGGAGCCCAGAACUGGACACAGCAGUCCAGAUGUGGCCUCACCAGGACUGAGGUGGGGGGGAGGAUCCCCUCCCUUGACCUGCUGGCAAUACUCUUCCUCAUGCAGCCCAGGGUGCCAUUGGCCUUCUUGGCCACAAGGGCACAGUGCUGGCUCAUGGUUAACUUGUCCACCAGGACCCCCAGGUCCUUCUCAGCAGAGCUGCUCUCCAGCAGGUCAGCCCCCAGUCUGUGCUGGUGCCUGGGGUUAUUCCUCCCUAGCCUCCUUUGUUGACCUUCAUGAGGUUCCUCUCCACCCAACUCUCCAGCCUGGCCAGCACAGCCCUCUGGUGUCUCAGCCACUCCUCCCAGUUUUGUAUUGUCAGCAGACUUGCUGAGGGUGCACUCUGUUCCUUCAUCCAGGUCACCGACGAAUAAGUUGAACAAUAUUGGACCCAGUAUUGACCCCUGGGGGAUGCCGCUAGCUACAGGCCUCCAACCAGACUUUGCAUCACUGAGCACAACCCUCCGAGCUCUGCCUUUCAGCCAGUUCCCAGUCUGCCUCACUGACAGCUUGUCUAGCUGUAAAAUGUAGCAGAGAGGUUAUUUAUUUUGCUCUGAUGUGCAUAAAAGAGUUGAAAAAUGGGCCUUGGCCUUCCUCAUUGCAUCUCUGCAUGCUCUGACAGUGCUCUCCUAUGUUCCUCCCAAGUGAUCUGUCUCUUUUUCCACAUUCUGUAUACUUCUAUGGCCCUAACCUAUGGGAUUCAUCCAGGUGUGUCCCUGAAGAGGCCAAAGUUUGCUCUCCUGAAGUCCAGGGUUGCAAUCUUAUUGCCCUGCUUCCUCGACCCAGGAUCCUGAACCCUACCAUCUCAUGGUCACUGCAGCCAAGGCUGCCCCCAACACUCACAUCUCUAACUGGUCCUUCUUUGUUAGUACAACGUCCAGCAGCACACCUCUCCUCUUUGGUUCCUCCACCACCUGUGCCAAAAAAUUAUCAUCAGUGCUCUGCAGGAACCUUCUGGACUGUUUGUGCCUAGCUGUGUUGUCAUUCCAGCAGAUAUCAGGGUGCUUGAAGUCCCCCAUGAGAACUAGGGCCUGUGAUUGUGAGGCUACUUCCAGCUGCUUGUAGAAGGCCUCAUCGCCUUCCUCUUCCUCAUCAGGUGGCCUGUGGUAAACAGCCACAACGGUGUCACCCAUGUUAGGCUGCCCUUUAAUCCUUACCCAUAAGCUCUAGACUUGUUCUUCAUACACCCUAGGCAGCGCUUGAUACGUUCCACUUGCUCUCUCACAUAAAGAGCAACUCCACCACCUCGUCUUCCUGGCCUGUCUUUCCUAAAAAGCACGUAGCCAUCCAUGGCAGCAUUCCAGUCAUGCGAGCUGUCCCACCAUGUCUCUGUAACUGCAAUGAGAUCAUGGCCCUGUGACUGCACACACCUCUCUAAUUCUUCCUGUUUAUUCCCCAUGCUGUGUGCACUGGUGUGCAGGCACUUCAGAGAGGUAACUGAGCGUGCAGGUUUGCCAGGAGGGGUGCAAGAGGAUCCUCCAUAGCCAGUGUCACAUAUGUGCUUCCCCAGCUGCAUGCACCUGCUGGAGGCAUCCCCACUUGAGCUGUGUUUUGCUGACUACCCUGUUUCUGUAAUGCUCCCCUUCCCCCAUCUUUCCUAGUUUAAAGUCCUCCUUACCAGGCUGGCCAACCUGUUGGCAAAGACAUGUGUGCCCCACUUAGUGAGGUGGAUCCCAUCUCUCCCCAUCAGUUGUCGAUCUUCAGACAGGGUCCCAUGGUCGUAAAAACCAAAACCCUCUUGCCAACAGGCAGUUGUUAACUUGGAAAAUCCGUCUAUUUCUCCUUCCAUCCUUCUACCUUACUGGCAGGAUUGAGGAGAAGAUGACCUGGGCUCCCAAACCCUUGACCAACAUCCCCAGAGCUCUGAAAUCCUGUUUGAUGUUUUCCAAUUUGCCCUUGGUAUCAUUAGUGCCCACAUGGAAGAGUAGCAGAGGGUAAUAGUCUGACACCGGGACAAGCCUUGGCAGUCUUUCCAUGACAUCUUCUAUUCAAGCCCCUGGUAGGCAACAGACCCCUCUAGAGACGAGGUCACAUCGGCAGGUAGGUGCCUCUGUCCCCUGCAGCAGAGAGUUGCCCACAACAAUCACUCGCCGCUUCUGGGUGUUCCCGCAAGGCACAGGGUCUGUCGGCCCAGUUGCUUCCCUUGAAGCCAUGCCCAGCUUCUCCUCAACCUGGAGGGCACUAAACCUGUUCCUCAAUUGCAAGUCUUCAGGAGGAGUGAGAGCCUUUCCCCUCCUACGAGAAGUGACCGGUUUCCAGCUGCCUUCAGGUGUUAUGAUAUGCAGUUUCACACAGCACAGAGCCCUCUGGCCCUCCCUGCGGCCUGAGACAUGCAGAGCUGUAUCUGCUGUCAGAGGGUUUGUCUGGGUCGAAGCCUCUGACACAGCUGAUUCAGGAACUCCAGCAGCUACUGGGGAAUGUGCUCUGUGGUGUGUCAUGACCAUAUCUGAGGAAGUGUAUACUAGGACUGGAAAGGAAGAUGCCUCCUUGCACCCUUCUGCGCAAACUGCUGCACAAACCGCUGUGUCCGUUUGCUGCCUCAGUGAAUGAAACAACUGACAGAAGCUUCCUUUUCUUUCUCUUUGAAAUAAGAUCAUCUAGUUGCAGAAUGUCAUCCUAGGAGAACAGCUGCCUUGGCUUGUUCUUUGCUGCUUCAUUUUUUUAAAAUUUAUUUUUAGUUCUUUAGAACUGUCUCAGCUUUGGAAUGUUUAGCAGAGGGUAACAACAGAUAACAGCUUCCCCCUGUCUAAAAGCCAAAUAUAUGCUCGUUGCCUUAGAGUAGUUUAGAGUGUAGAACUUGAGCUCAAUUUCUUUCAAAUUGUUUUUCUGAUUUUUAAUCUCU